ACAGAGCUUGAGGUAUCAUUCACUCAGUCACCUUUAUUGCCUCAGAAAUCAUACAAUAGUAUCCUCAAGUGAAAAGACAACAUGAACACGGAAAGGGUGUUCGGAUAUGCCCUGCUUCUUCCUCUUCUGCUUCAGGUAAGUACUUGCUUGGACAUCCUAAACCAAAACAACAAUAUCAAAGAUGGCGAUCUCUUGGUCUCCAGUGGCAAAACGUUCGCUCUUGGUUUCUUCAGCCCGGGUAAUUCUAGCCUCCGUUAUGUCGGAAUUUGGUAUUACCAAGUUUCUGAGAAAACCGUUGUUUGGGUUGCUAAUCGGGAGAGACCAAUCAGUGGCACUUCGGGAGCACUUUCAAUUGAUUCUGAUGGAAAUUUGGUGCUUCAUGAGAAAAAUGGAAGCUUUCCUGUGUGGUCGGCAAAAGAUUCUUCUGCGUUAUCGAACUAUUCUACUACAGCUCGGCUUAUGGAUUCAGGUAAUCUCGUUCUGGUUCAAGAUUUUAGCAAAAGGGUGAUAUGGCAAAGCUUUGAUUAUCCUACGGACACUCUGCUUCCUUUCAUGAAACUCGGAUUGGACCUCAAAACCGGUUUGAACCGGUUCCUAACAUCAUGGAAGUCCCCGGAGGAUCCGGCACCCGGCAAUUACUCUUAUAGGAUCGACCCAACGGGCUAUGCUCAAUUGUUCCUGUACAAGGACGGGGAUCCAUACUGGCGUUCCGGAUCAUGGACCGGAGAUCGGUGGAGUGGCAUACCCGAAAUGACUCGCCAUUUCAUCUUCAACGUGAGCUUUGUAAAUAACCCAGACGAGGUUUCUGUAAUGUAUGUCAUCAUCAACGCGUCGAUCAUCUCAAGAAUGGUGGUGAACGAAUUGGGGUUGGUCCAACGAUUCACAUGGCAUGCCCGGCAACAGCGGUGGAUAGGAUUCUGGUCUGAUCCGAUGGACCAGUGCGAUUAUUACGGCAAGUGCGGGCCCAACAGCAACUGCAAUCCGUAUAAUGAGGGACGGUUCGAGUGCACAUGCCUGCCAGGGUUCGUGCCCAAGUCCCCGGGUGAUUGGGACCUAAGGGAUGGAUCCGCCGGGUGCGUAACGAGGCCCAGGGCAUCGUCAUGUCAAGGCGGGGAAGGAUUUGUGAAGGUGGCGCUUGUGAAGGUUCCGGACACUUCAAAAGCACACGCCAACAUGAGCUUUAGCUUGAACGAUUGUGAGAAGGAAUGCUUGGGGAAUUGCUCUUGCACAGCUUAUGCUAGUGCCCAAGAGGGCCUGGGAAGUUUUGGGUGCCUUAUGUGGCAUGGUGAUUUGGUCGAUACAAGAACAUUCGCCGAUUCAGGUCAAGAUUUAUAUGUACGGGUCGAUGCCAUCGAGUUAGCUCGUUAUAGGAGCAAAACAAGUUCCCUCAGUGAAAGGGCGAGGAUUGCGAUAAUUUCGGUUUCGGUUUUGACAGCGCUACUGCUCACCAGCUCCUUCUCCUACUGCUUGGUGAUCAAGAAGAGAAACGAUCGCAGAAGCCAAAAUCUACUGAUGAGUGAAAUGACGAAUUCAACAUAUUUUGAGGGCUCUCCAAGCGUAAAAGACUGUGACGAUGAACCUAGAGGAAACAGAGAUGUGCCGCUCUUUGAUCUGAGCACCAUAGCUUCGGCAACAAACAAUUUCUCCUUCCUCAAUAAGCUCGGACAAGGCGGUUUUGGAUCAGUGUACAAGGGCGUUAUGGACAAUGGAACGGAAAUAGCGGUCAAAAGACUAUCGCAACAUUCGGGACAAGGAGUUGAAGAAUUUAAGAACGAAGUCCGGUUGAUUGCGAAGCUCCAACACCGGAACCUGGUGAGAAUACUCGGCUGCUGUGUCGAAGAAGACGAGAAAAUGGUAAUUUACGAGUACUUGCCGAACAAAAGCUUGGAUGCCUUCCUUUUCGACAAAGCGAAAAGAUCGUUGCUGGAUUGGCGAAAACGGUUCGAAAUCGCAUCGGGGGUGGCUCGAGGACUCUUGUACUUGCACCAAGAUUCGAGGCUCAGGAUCAUACACUGAGACUUAAAGGCCAGCAAUGUCCUACUCGA